AUGCAGUGCCUGAGCCGGGCUGGCUGGAGGUUAUACUCCGCUCUGCUACACGGAAGAGCAGGACACAUCCGGCCUGGAAACCUCUGUACAUCUGCCGCUGCUGGACGUGGGGCGACCCCUAGUGGACAUGAUACGGGGAUACAGGUGUACAACAGUUUGAGCAGGAAGAAGGAAGAGCUCAGAGUGCACUCAGCGGCUGCAGCCACAUGGUAUAGCUGUGGGCCUACAGUUUAUGAUCAUGCACAUCUCGGGCAUGCAUGCUCUUAUGUUCGAUUUGACAUAAUUCGGAGGGUUAUGACCCAGUUCUUUGGCAUCGAUAUUGUUAUGGUGAUGGUAAUAACAGAUAUUGAUGAUAAGAUAAUCAAGAGGUCUAAAGAGCUUACCAUGACGCCACUGUCUCUGGCUCGAGCUUAUGAAGAGGAGUUUAAACAAGACAUGAUGGCAUUGAAGGUACUUCCCCCCACAAUAUACAUGAGAGUUACAGAACAUAUUCCAGAGAUUAUAUCUUUUAUUCAAAAAAUUAUACUUAAUGGCCAUGCCUAUUCUACCUCACAAGGAAAUGUUUACUUCGAUGUCCAGUCUAUUGGAAAAAGAUAUGGGAAGUUUACUGGUACUUUUUCAGAUAUAAAUACUGAACCAGCUGACAGCAACAAAAGGUCUCCCAGAGAUUUUGCUUUGUGGAAAUCUGCUAAACCUGAAGAGCCUUUCUGGGUUUCUCCAUGGGGGAAAGGAAGACCUGGUUGGCACAUUGAAUGUUCCACACUUGCAAGCUCUGUGUUUGGGAAACAGCUUGACAUUCACACUGGUGGGAUUGAUCUAGCCUUUCCACAUCAUGAAAAUGAGAUUGCUCAGUGUGAGGCCUAUCACCAGUGUGAACAGUGGGGAAACUAUUUUCUUCAUAGUGGACAUUUACAUCUGAAAGGAAAUGAGGAGAAAAUGUCAAAGUCUUUGAAAAACUACAUUACAGUGAAGGAAUAUUUAAAGUCUUAUUCAGCAGAAGAGUUCCGUAUGUUUUGCUUGCGAUCUAAAUAUAAAUCAGCUGUAGAGUACAGCAAAGAUUCCAUAACUGAAGCAAGAAAUACCCUUAAGAUAAUUUUGUCAUUUAUUGAUGAUGCCAAGGCAUAUCUAAAAGGCCAGCUCAAUUGCCAGCCGAUUCAGGAGGAUAUACUCUGGCACAGCCUGAAUAAAACAAAAGUGAAUGUUAAGGCAGCACUUGCAGAUGACUUUGACACCCUGCGAGCUGUUGAUGCUGUUAUGGACCUCAUUCACCAUGGUAACCGACAGCUUAAGACUGUUUCCAAGGAAUUUCAGCAUGCCCGUAGUCCACUUGUUUAUGGUGCUAUGGUGAAUUAUAUAGAGCAGUUCCUGGAGCAGUUGGGAAUUUCUGUGCAUCAGAAGCAGGUAAUACCCAUUGUGAUCAUACAGGCACCAUGUUCAACACACAUAUGGGUUUCAUUUCCUCCUUACGUAUAUCUGUCCUCUACCUUUUAUAUACUGCAUGUCUGCUUAGUAUGUUGUAUAAAAUAG